CCUUCCGGCCCCGGGCGGCCUCACCUCGCGGUUUUCGUGCUCGAGCGCCGGCGGCUCUACGCUGGAGGAGGUGAAGCCCACCGAGGUUCCCAAUGAAAGCAUAAAACAGUUCAAGCUGUCUCCAGACUUUCUUCAAUGAAAAUAGCCAAGCACAAGAAGGCAGCCCUGUUGGCCUUGUUGGAGGUCAGGCAAAGAGCACUGUUGGGGUUUGCAUAAUAAAACUAUGGGAUGUUCUAUUCUUUGCUGGAACAGCUUAUCUUUCAAACUGGUGUCUGUUUGCUUACUGUGUGCAUCAAUUGGAAAGCAAUGUCAGAUUAGAAAUACAAUGGCAGAUUGUAGUCACCUAAAGCUGACACAAAUUCCUUCUGAUCUUCCAAACAACAUAACAGGUUUGGACAUUUCCCAUAAUCAGCUAAAAAUGCUUGCUCCUGAGAAUCUGACCCAGUACAGCAAUCUGAUUUACUUAAAUGUGGGAUACAACAUCAUCUCUAAACUGCAACCAGAAUUGUGCAAAAAUAUGCCCCUGUUGCAAAUUUUAAAGCUAGAACACAAUCAAUUGCAUGAACUUCCUGAUGGAGUGUUUGCUACCUGCAGCAACCUGACUGAGCUCAAUCUAGGAUACAACAUCAUAGAAGUAAGAAAUGAUCCUUUCAAAACCCUGGAGAACUUGAAUAUUUUGGAUCUAUCUCAUAAUCACUUGAAGUCAGCAAAUUUAGGAUUACAGCAACAGCUGAAGAACCUUCAUGACCUUGUGUUGUACAGCAACCAAAUCACUGAGCUAAAAAAAGAAGACUUAAAAUUUCUUAGCAACACUUCAUUGAAUAGUCUUGAUCUGUCAUCAAACCCCCUGAAAAAGUUUCACACAGGAUGUUUACAUGCAAUUGGAAAUCUGUUUGGCCUUAUACUGAACAAUGUUGAACUUGGUGAAAAUAGCACAAAGGAACUUUGUACGGAAUUAUCAAGCACAGCGAUUCAGAACCUCUCACUGAGCCAUGUGAAGCUCUCACACAUUAGCAGGUUAACUCUCCAGGGACUACAAGGAACAAACCUCACAGUUUUAAACCUUUCAAAAAACUCUCUCUCUGUGAUAGAGGAUGACUCAUUUCAAUGGCUGUCAAAUUUAGAGUACUUGAACUUGGAGGAUAAUAACAUCUUGAAAGUGUCUUCACGUUUAUUUUAUGGAUUGUCCAGCAUUAAACAUCUGAAUCUGAUAAACGCACUUACUGGGAAAAUUGAAGAUUUUUCCUUCCAAUGGUUAUACAACCUAGAGUACCUUAUAAUGGAUCAUAACAAUUUUCCACAAAUUACGACUAACAUGUUCACAGGUCUGAAAAACCUGAAAUAUUUAAGUCUUUAUAGCUGCAACAUAAACUUGCAAAGAAUAACUAAUAAAACAUUUGUAUCACUUGCUAAUUCCAGCUUGCAAGUUCUCAAUCUCACAAAAACAAGGAUCUCUACAGUAGAAAGUGGGGCAUUUUCCUUGUUGGGACAACUGAAAAUUCUUGAUCUUGGUCUCAAUGAAAUUAAUCAAGUGCUCACUGGUCAUGAGUUUGAAGGUCUCAAUAAUAUAGAAUAUAUUUAUCUUUCUUACAACAGAAACGUGACUUUGCAAAGUGAAUCAUUUAUUUUUGUUCCAAGACUUAGCAAACUGAUGUUAAGGAAGGUAGGUUGCAAUAAUCUGGCAAUUUCUCCUUCACCUUUUCAUCCACUACGGAAUCUGACUGUCCUGGACAUCAGCAAUAACAACUUAGCAAACAUAAAGGAAGACUUGUUUGAUGGACUUCACAAACUCGAUAUUCUGGAUUUGCAGCACAAUAAUUUAGCUCGACUUUGGAAACAAGCAAAUCCAGGAGGUCCAGUUCUUUUUUUAAAAGACCUUCCCAACUUGCAUGUUCUUAAUUUAAAAUCAAAUGGCUUUGAUGAAAUUCCAGUUCAUGUUUUCAAGGGUCUGCAUCGAUUAAAAGACUUGGAUUUAGGAUCAAAUAAUUUGAAUUUGCUGCCAGCAACUUUAUUUGAUAACCAAAACUCUCUACAUACGUUGAACCUUCAGAAAAAUCUAAUAACCUCAGUUGAAGAAGAGGUGUUUGGUCCAGUUUUCAAGAGCCUGAGAAAACUAGAGAUGGAUUCCAACCCAUUUGAUUGCACUUGUGAAAGCAUUGCUUGGUUUGCUAGUUGGCUAAAUGUCACUCAAGCAUAUAUACCUGGAUUGCAGUCUCAGUACAUUUGUAACACCCCACCUAAAUAUCACAGUACUCUGGUGUUGCAUUUUGACACCUCAGCCUGCAAAGACAGCGCUCCAUUUAAGCUUCUGUUUGUGAUCACUACCACUGUUGUGGUGCAAUUCAUUUUCAUCGUUCUUCUCAUCCAUUUUGAAGGGUGGAGAAUAGCUUUCUACUGGAAUAUUUCUAUAAAUCGAAUACUUGGCUUUAAAGAGCUUGACAGACUACAGGGAGUGUUUGAUUAUGAUGCCUAUGUUAUUCAUGCUAGAGAAGACACAAAUUGGGUGUGGAUGAACUUCACCUCUCUGGAAGAAAAUGAGCAAUUUCAAGUUAAGUUUUGUCUAGAAGAACGAGACUUUGAAGCAGGAAUAUCUGAAUUUGAAGCUAUAAUUAACAGCAUAAGAAAGAGCAGAAAGAUUAUUUUUAUUGUGACUGAACAUCUCUUACAGGAUCCAUGGUGCAGGAAGUUUAAGGUGCAUCAUGCUCUACAGCAAGCUAUUGAACAAAGUCGAGACUCCAUCAUACUGAUCUUUCUUCAUAAUAUACACGAUUACAAGUUGAAUCAUGCACUUUGCUUGAGAAGAGGAAUGUUUAGAUCUCGCUGCAUCUUGAACUGGCCAGUCCAGAAGGAAAGAAUCAAUGCAUUUCGUCAGCAGUUAAUGAUGGCACUUAAAUCUAAUAGUAAAGUGCACUGAAUUCAGUUUUCUGAUGUUAGAAAACUAGCAGGUCUCCAGUAAAAGAUAAAAAAAAAAAAAAAAAAAAAAA